AUGAAUCAAUCCAACGAGCAUAUAAAGGCGGAACAAGAUUUCUACUUCCCGAACACUGCCGGUUCUCAGGAAGCGGACGAAGAUCUUCAGUUCGGCCACGAUCAGCAAGAUCAAGUAGAGCUGCACCAGAUCAACCUGGACAGCCCGGUGAAGUCAAUGUUAGUGCCAAAUGAAGUAUCGGGCAAACCUCCUAAAAUUAAAAGUUGUUACGACGCUUGCAAUGAAGAUCAGGCAGCAGUCGAGGAUGAUUGCGAUAGCCUGAAAGAUGAUGAAGCAAGUAGUAGUAGUAGUAGUAGUAGUACUAGCGUAGUAGGUGGAAGUGGUGUCCACGAAUGUGACGUGUGUGGCAAACGAGUGGUUUCGGCUGCAUAUCUCGUUCGUCACAAGAAAAUACACACCGGAACGAAGCCAUUCGAGUGCAAAAUCUGUGGGAAAGCUUUCAUUCGUCAGUUCACGUUGACGGUUCACUAUAGAAUCCACACCGGCGAAAAACCACACCAAUGUCCUUGCUGUGAUCAACGGUUUAAUCAAUCUUGCAACUUGCUAUCUCACAUUCGUCGUUAUCAUCCAGAGGAGCAGACCAGCAUUUCCAGAAUGUCCUCGUCUUCUGGCAGCAACUCAGCCAUGGCUCCGAGGUCGGCUUCGGCAUCCUUGUUCACAGAGCAGUCACCCUUUCAGGAGUCGCGCGGUCAACCUUUUCAGUGCUGCGUUUGUGACGAACCCUUCUUCGAUCGCGAACUGCUGGUUAUCCACGAAGAGACACACGUUCCCGAAGCACCAUUCGAAUGUCGGUACUGUACAACCAUGUACUCUACGUUGCCAAACUUCAGGAGCCACGUCAAUUUGCAUAAGAUGAACCAGCGGCGGCAAACUCCAACGCCAACUGUUGCCGCACCCACACCCCGAUCAAGCCAAUCUGGCAUUAGAAUAAAUCCAUCAGGGCCAGUUGCCGUGCGUCGUUCACUUCCGACUGCAAGUCCUUCGACAGUAAAUACAUCAUCAGACAAUAACGUUCUCAACGCGAACCAACUUUUUAUUGCGAGCGGAAACAGUGAGCACCCCUACAAAUGUGUGGAGUGCCACAAGAAUUUUCAAAAACACGAGCUAUACUUUCACAUGAGAGUGCACUUGAAACAGAAAAACAUUUUCUCCGGUAAAGAUUACCGCUGCGAUCAAUGUGGAAAAGUUUUUGAGAAAGAUAUCACAUUGCAGAAACACAAACUGACUGCCCACCAAUCGGCACCGAUUGUGUCCAGUGCUACCGGUGGACCAGAAGGAUCAGUGCUAAUAGAAGCCCUCAAGACCGAUGCCAGAUCCCUUUCGCCGUCAGCUACGAAAUCUGGUAAAGUGCAGAGUUCGCCGGAAAGAAUUGUCACCGAACCAGAAGUAAAAAUCAAACUCGAGCCUGAGAGUGCUAUCGCAGACGAUGAGGUGAACUCAACGGUUUCCGACAAUCCUAUAUUGACGCAACUAUUGAAUACCAAUAGCAACGGUGCAGAGUCAGCUGGAUCCCGUCAGAGUACGCCUACACUGGGCGAAAGCAAUUUUGUCAUCAGUGCCGUUGCCAGUGUCGAUCCAAAUUUUCUCAAACAGUUAGACGAAAUGGAACGAGGAAAUCAAGAUGAAUUGGAACCACAAGAAGAUGAACCACCGGAGACGAUCGAGGAUGAUGAAGAAGAUGAUCUGCUUGAACCUUUACAACAAAUGCCGCCUCUUAAAAGGAUGCCAAUGCUAGAAGAGAGCCUUCGUCGAGCUCCAGUUGCUUCAGUCCCGCAGCAAACUCCCAUAUUCAAUCAUUUUGCGUACGGAAAUGGUUCAUCGGCUACAAAGGUUUACACUGGUCCAGCGGGACCAUAUCAAUGUGUUUAUUGCUCCAAAGUUUUCAACGAGCAUUUUGGGCUAAGGCAGCACAUCCGAAGCAAACAUUGGUCCGAGAGACGGUUCAAGUGCAAAGAAUGCAACAAAAAGUUCACACUCGGCAUUAGCUUAGCCACACAUAUGCGGGUACACACCUCCGUUCAGCCUUUCACCUGUAUCGUCUGCUUCAAAACCUUCACCCGGUCGGCCUCCCUGAAUGGUCACCUGUCAUCUCACUCGCAUGUGAAGGUCAAGUGUGCCGAAUGUUCGGAGGUUCAGCACAGCGUUUUCAAUUACAUGAAGCACAUCGAAAAAUCGCAUCCCAACUUUUUAAACAAUGUGACUUCGUACAGGAAAAAGGCAGACGCGAUACUCAAACGCCGAAGAGAGCUGGUACUGGAAAUAACACGUGACCUAGCGAAAUACAAAGCGGAAAUUCCAAACGUGUUGGCACGCUUGCGAGAGCAAAAUCUUGCUUCGAUCGCCAGCAACAACGAGGUCAGUUCCUCCCAACAGGUGAAGGUAAAAAAGGAACCUGCUGAUUCUGCGCAAUCGGAAGAGGUGAGCUCCUCAGUAGGAAAAUCCAAUAUGGACGCACUUCCAGCGCUUAGGGCGGAACUACGAAAACGUCCGCUGCGGAGUAACACCAAAACCGAUGAUCUGGAAGACAUCAAUCUGCCACCAGCUAGAAAAGCUCGCAUUUCCGGUGCCGGAGACUCUUCACCGAAUUUGAAACGUUUGCUAGAAAGUCCUCCACUCGGUGGAAACGAUGAUAACCACCAGUGGACCAGGGGCACUGCUGAGGUGAAAUCUGAACCAUCGAAAUAGUUUUGUGUGUUUCUACUUUUUGGCGUUAAUCUAGAUAUAGUUGCUAAUGUGUCGUAGACUAGAAUAUUUGUCUGCUUUUUUUUUGUUUUCAAUCCUAAUAAACUCGAAUCGAAACUUAUUUUGUUAGUCUGUUCAGUAAAAUUGAAAGUGUAUCAAUCCAUUACUUGUAGUGUACAAUCCUAUCUUAGUGAUUAUGAUAUUUUCAAGAAUAAAUGUUUGUAGGCUUUA